AAAAAUUCAGCUGGCUCUUAAUAUUUCAUUUUACAGUCAAUCACGUAUCCACGCAAACCCUAACCUCUCCAUAACUUCGUCUGUUCUCAAGGUCCGCUGCCUCCCGCUUCCGCCAUCAUUGAUACAAGCACAGUCCAUUUCCUUGCUCCAUUUGUACAUCAAUAAUCACUCUCAAUUAACUAUCCCCACCCACCAUCUCAAAAUUUUUUACAGAUGCCAUGUCCAAUUUUUGGUUUUACUUCCUUGGCUCUCUAAUAGUUUGUAACAGACUUUAUGGCAAAUGGAAGUAAGAAUUAUGAGGUUCAUUUAUUCUCAGGAAGGAGUCUUGGCCAGUAGUGACAGUCGAGUAUUUAUGCGUAUAGAGUAGUCGUAGAUGCCAGACACCACAUGCUUGGUCGCCUCGACUCCAUUUUUGCCAAGGAGCUCUUGAUUGGUCAAAAGUGAUGGUGGUCAGUUGUGACGAAAUAUGCUUUUGUAGUGGACUCGUCCUCCACAAGAUGAAGUACCUACGCUUCCUCCGUAAGAAUGUGAACCCCAAGCCGUCUUAUGACUUGAUCUGCUUCUGGGCUCCUUUCAAGAUUAUCUGGCCACCAUGCACUAAUUACAAUGCUCGGACUACUGAUAAGACUGGUUAUGUUAUUCCUGUCGAAAUUACAGUAUAUAAAGAUUUGAGUUUCACUUUUAUCUUGAAGACUCCACCUGCUUCAGUCUUGUUGCUGAAAGCCGCAGGAGAUUACAUGCACUGCAACACCUGGUAGUCUCAUGUCAUCAUUCCAAUCAUGAUGGAGAAGAAAGCCCAUUGAAUAUUUGAUCACUGUGAUGUGAAGGAUAGAUGCUUUGUACGUUUAUAACUCAAGUCGGCCGACUGUGAGAGAUAGAAUCGUGUGCAUCGAUGUAGAGGCUUUCUCUUAUGUUCAUCCUUGUCUUAUGGUGAAGAUAAAUGCAUGGCACCCCAAGACAAUCGACGGCAUUAAAUGGCAAACCACUUGAUCUGAAGAUUGCGACUGACAUACAACAAGAUGAUCACGGGUCAGUACUUUGUCUAAUAUAUUUCUGUGAUGUUGGAAUAUUUAUCUUAUUGAUUCACGGAAGUGAACUAGGAUAUCCUUUUCUUUCUUUUA